AAAUGGAGGCGGGACCGAAGAGGCGCGGCGGUUGAAUCUCACCGACUCUUAGAGGAGCCAGUUGGUUGUUGGGCGUUCAGCUACCCGUCAUGGAGGCGCUCUCUUCGCCGCAAUUGGAGGCGCUCAAGUAUAGCGAGUUGCAGUGCGUGGCCAAGUCGGCGGGGCUGAAGGCUAACCUCAAGGCAGCCAAGCUGUUAAAUGUGUUAAAGCAGCACUUCCGUGAAGAAAAUAAAAAUAUGGGUCACAAAAGGACAUCUCCAGAUACUGAGGAACAGAAUGGCAGUCAAAUUUCCAUAAAUCCAUCCACAAUCACCAAAAGGUGUAAAAAACAGAAAGAUGGUAAUACACAGGGAAAUACACAAGAAGAAAAUCUUAAUGAAGAGAAAACAGAACUGGAUUCAGAGAAAGAGGUCCUGAUAUUGCGAAAAAAUUGUGAAGGGAGCCCGGAUGCAGGAUUUGGAAAGAUACUGAAGAUAAACCAAAUUGAUGAAUCACAAAACACUGGAACAGCAGGAAACUUAGAAGAUUUUCUCACUCCAGGUCAACAAAAAGAAAAACAUUCUUCUAAGCAAAAAGGAGUUAAAAUUAAAACUUUUCCAGAUUCUCAUUCUGGAAAGAGAACUACUUACCCAGGAAGCAAGUCUAAAUUGGGAAAAAUAGGCAUAAUUUCUACCACUCCAGAUUUUAGGAAACUUCAUGAGGCUCAGUUCAAGAAAAUGUUAUCUAUUGAUGAUUAUAUUGAAAGGAAAAAUAAAAUGAUGCUUAAUUUCAGCAGUUCAGUUAAUGAGAUCAAGAUGCUGGCUAAGAAGAAUAAGUCUCUGAAGACUUCUCAGAAGGAAAAUCUAAAUAGUAAUUCCAAGGUACGUUCCGGUUCCAGAGGGCUUUUAUUAAGUUCCUCUACUCAAAGGAAUAGGCUUUCUGCCACAGGCACUCCAGUAAAACUGCGGCAUUCAACACGCAAUUCUCCUGGCACUACAAACAAAAGCAUUUUAUCUCAAAAAUCAUCCUUUAGUUCAACCAGUCUUUCUACAACUAAAAUGAAUGUCAGAUUCUCUGAAUCUACAAAGGACAAUGAAGACAAGCGUUCCCUUAUCAAGACUCCAUCUAGAAAAUCUCCAUUUCUGAAAAACUGCACCCCAGAUAAUCAGAAAAGCAGUGAAUGUAUAACUGAGAAGGACUUCAAAGGAAAAGCAAUGAACUGUCAGUCAACAGGAGCUCAAACAAAUUCUGCUGUCACUUCCUUCAAGUUUAUAAAUCAGACUGUAGAACCCACAAGCACCAAGAAACCAGUAUUUGAUCUACAAGCAAGUCUGUCAAGACCACUUAAUUAUCAGCCACACAAAGGAAAACUGAAACCAUGGGGCAACCCUAACGAGAAUCACCAGAGGCUGUAUUCCCACAGGAGAUGCUACAAAGAGCCACUUCUUCAAUCCAGAGAUGAGAGACGGGAGAAACACAUACAAGGAAGAAAACAAAGAAAAGACCAGAAGCUUAGCACACUGAGGCAGCUGACAGUUGUUUAAAGCUAACUCUCAAAUUGUUCUGCAGAUAAUCUUAAUAUCCAAAAUCUUUACUUUCUUGUAAAUAAUUCUUGUCUGUGCACUGUACUUAAGCUAUCUAUUCUGAGUAAUCUUAUUUUAAAAUGAGCAUAGAACAUUAGUGCUAUUAAAUUCAGUUAUUCAGUAGCUGAUGCUACAGUCUUAGAAGGCUUAGAAACAUUUUCAGAAGGGCAGCUAUCUUUUCUUCUCUCAAAUCUUUGCUUAGUAUAUACCUUAAUUACAUCCUAGAUUGUCUGGAAACUUCUCAAUAACUGGAUCAACAGUUUAUUGUAUUAGACAAUACAAUCUUCUGGAUAUA